CAGUUGGGCCCCCAGUUGGAACUUGAAGUGAGACCGCGAGCACAAGCCGAUGUCAGCCCUGCGCUUGCUCGCCCGGCGCCAGCCGCGAUUGGCAGGAGGAUGGAGCACCUGCGGAUCGUGUGGCUUUCGUUCAAAGGCGACCAUGGCAGCCCAGGAAGCGGCUGAAAGCAAGUGGUCCUACGUGGCUUUCGCCAAGGCCUAUCCGUCGGCGAACAAUUUGAUCAUCGCGACGGUGAAGACAUCUGCUGCAGAUCUCGUAGCGCAGUGUGUGAUUGAGCGCAAAUCCAUCACUGAAGUCGAUUGGAAGCGAAAUUUGGUCUUCUGCCUCUUUGGCGCCGCCUAUUUGGGCGCUUUCCAGUACUGGUACCAGGUGAAUGUUUUCAAGCGCAUGUUCACGGGUGUAGAGAAGUUUACCACACAGCCCUGGGCUGCGAAGUUACGGGAUGGCCCCGGACUCAUGGCCCUUGGUGCUCAAACUGCCCUAGACCUUGGCAUGUUGACCUGCGUCUACCUGCCCACCUUCUACGUCUUCAAGGCUAGCGUCUUCAGCAACACCUGGGACGCCAGCGCUUGGGUCAGCAAUGGGAUUGGAAACUACACAAAGAACUGGAACAAGGACGUCUACGACGUCUUCCGUGUCUGGGGCCCAGCCGACCUGGUCUGCUUCUCCGUGCCCCUCUGGCUGCGACUGCCUGUGCGGCAUAUUGUGUCCUUUGUCUGGACAGCGUACCUCUCUUUUGCCCGUGGCGCCAACAAGUGAGCAGAUGCUGCAGCUAGUUCUCAAGGUUGGAUGUGGGCCUUUCCAACUGGUGAUUGUACCAUCAGAUUCAUCAGGGAUUUGGGAAUCCAACCGACUCAGUGUUUUCCCGGGUCACUGACCCUUGAUAUUUUCCCUGUUUUCCCCGGAUGUUUUCCGCUCGACACUGCUGGCAACGUUUCAGCAAGGGCAAGGUUUAGCGGAGCAGAUAUUCAUGAAGAUCCCAGAUUUUGGUGGAGGUGGAGGUUGUGUCUUUCAAACAUUUUCAAUCGUUUGUUUUGAUCCUCUAUUGCU